AUGGGGUAUUUUCCUGAUGAUUAUAGUGGAAGUAGUCAUGAUCUCAUGUCACUCAAACUCUCGACCACUAAUUUUUUCAUAAACCUACCUUCUUUGAUAGAUAGGUUUCAUUCACUGAAAGAGUUGGAUGUGGGUUCUUGCAAUAUUUCUGAAGGUCCAAUACCAUUGUCGCUUGGUAAUCUUAGGGAUCUCAUCUAUUUGGACCUUUCACAAAAUAAGUUCAAUGGUCAAAUUCCUGCAGCUACAUGGGGAAACCUUACCCAACUUACACAUCUAUUACUUUCUAGUAAUUAUUUUCAUGGUUCAGUUCCCCAAACCUUAUUCAAUCUCAUGAAUCUUCAAACCCUUUAUCUAGAUCGUAAUAAUUUGAGUGGUACUAUAGAGUUACAGAAGUUUCUUAACCUACAAAAACUCACCUCCCUAUAUCUGUCUCAUAAUAAUUUGGAAUUGCUCGCAGAAUCUAGAUUUUUGAAUAAUGCAACUAUUGUACUUCCAAAGUUUGAGUAUCUAGGAUUGGGUGGGUGCAACAUAAGAGAGUUCCCAGAUUUCCUAAGAUCUCAAGAAGCAUUGUUACAGUUAGAUCUCUCUAGAAACAAAUUGCAAGGCCACGUACCAAAAUGGAUAUGGAACACAAGCACUAAAACUCUGCAAUAUAUUAACAUUUCUCAUAACUUCCUGUCAGGCUUCGAGAAAUCUCCAGCUGUCCUUCCCUGGGUUGAGCUACAAUUGUUAGACCUAUCAUUCAACAUGUUUCAGGAAUUAUUAUUGUUACCUUCACCAUCUCUACAAUACUAUAACAUUGCAAACAACAAAUUAAGGGGACAAGUUUCACCAAUGAUUUGCACUCUGACUUCUCUUAGAUACAUUGAUUUUUCAAACAACAAGUUGAUUGGCGACCUACCGCAGUGUGGGGGAGACUUUAGUGUUAAUCUGGAAUAUCUCAAACUUGGAAACAACUCAUUUCAUGGAAAUCUUCCUCAAUCAUAG